GGUGGCAAAGCGCCGCAUACGAGCGAGCGAGCAGCAAGUGGAGCUGUGAGCCGCGUCGCAGAUACUGCGACUACGUCCUGCAAAAAGAAGAGGAUCGCUGGGGCACCUCACGCCGACCUAGAGUGCAUCAAGCAGCAGUGCAGCACAUCAAGUGAUCGAUAAGUGGUGCACAGAACGACAACGGCACGCCAGCCGACGCGCACCAAAGCAUUUAAAAAAUGCUGCACCUCAUCCGCCGGGCGCCGCGCCGCGCCGUGCGAGGCUUUCGCGUGCACCGCGCGGAGCCCGGGUUCCUGGCCGCGACUGCUGCCUUCGGCCCACUUGCGGAAGAGACAAAACCGCUGACAUAUUAUAGUGCAUGGUUCUGCCCCUUCGCGCACCGCGCGACCCUGGCGCUCGCGCAUCACGCGGACGUCGUGCCGUACGCCUGGGAGGAGGCUUUGGGCUGGGAGCAGCGGCCGCCGACGGGCGACGAGGAUUUGGACGCGGACGACCGCGAGGACUUCUGGUACCACUACAAGAGCCCUGGUUUACUGGAAGCGAAUCCCUUGGGCAUGGUCCCGACGCUCGUCGACGAAGACGGCCGCGUCGUCACGGAGUCGGCGGUCUGCGUGCAAUUUGUCGACGAGCUGGCGCGGGUCCGCGGCGGUAGUGCCCCACCGCUCGUGGACGCGGACCCGUUCGUCGCCGCGCGGAGCCGGUGCGCCGCGGACAAGGUGAAUCGGACGGUGUGCUCCGGCUACUACCGCGUUUUGGUGCGGACAGAAGACGAGGAAAGGAAGGAGGGCUUCGCGCAGAUCCUGGAUGGAUUGAAUGCGUUCUUCGACGACGACGACGCGAGUGAUUUGAACGGGCCGUUCUGGGGAGGGAGGGCGUCGCCAGGUUUACCUGAUUUAGUACUGUUCCCCUACGCGUACCGACUGUACGUCCUGGAGCACUACCGCGGGCCGGACUUCGCCGUGCCAGCGGACUUUGAAAGGUACCGGCGCUGGUACGACGCGAUGGUCGCACUCGACGCCGUCGCGCGCACGCUCCCCGACAAAGAUCGGUAUUUGGCUCACGUCGCGAAAUACGCGCACGGCAAGGCGCGUUCCAAGGUCGGCAACGCGGUGCGCAGAGGGGCGGCGGCGCACGACUACGACGACGACGUGGACGGGGACAAGUAAAUGUGAACUUGAAACUUUGA